AUGGGAAAAAUGCUGGAACAGUGGACUGAUUCUGAAUGGUCAGCCAUCAUGAUAUUGAAUGGGAAGCAGGAUCAAAGAGAUGACUGUGAUGAUCACUUGGUGUCUGAUUUGCCUCAGUUGGUCUUCGAUUCCUCCUCCGAGUUGUCUAGCAGUCACAGCCCCGGCUUUGCAAAGCUGAACAGGCGAGAUGGGGCAGGUGGAUGGUCCCCUCUGGAAUCUAAUAAAUACCAAUGGCUGCAGAUAGAUCUCAGUGAGAGGACAGAAAUCACAGGCAUAGCAACUCAAGGUCGAUAUGGUAGUUCAGACUGGGUAAUAAGCUACCUGCUCAUGUUCAGUGAUACUGGAAGGAACUGGAAGCAGUAUCGUCAAGAAGACAGCAUUUGGGCUUUUGUAGGAAAUUCCAACGCUGAUGGUGUUGUGCGACACAAAUUGGAGCAUUCCAUUAAAGCCAGACUCCUUCGCUUCAUUCCUCUUGAAUGGAAUCCACUUGGUAGAAUAGGAAUGAGAGUUGAAGUUUAUGGAUGCUCAUACAAAUCUGAUGUUGCCGACUUUGAUGGCAGAAGCACCCUGCUUUACAGAUUUAACCAGAAGAGCAUGAGCACAAUCAAAGACAUUGUCUCUUUGAAGUUCAAGACGAUGCAAAGCGAUGGAGUUAUGUUGCAUGGAGAGGGGCAACGGGGAGAUUACAUCACUCUGGAGCUGAAGAAAGGCAAACUCUUAUUGCACAUCAAUUUGGGAGAGACAAAGCUACAUUCCAUCAAUGGUCACACCUCGGUCACACUGGGCAGCUUGUUGGAUGACCAGCACUGGCACUCCAUUACAAUCGAACGGUACAACAAGCAGGUGAACUUCACUGUGGAUAAGCACACUCAGCACUUCCGAACCAAAGGAGAGUUUGACUAUCUGGAUAUUGAUUACGAGCUCAGUUUUGGAGGGAUUCCAGUUCCAGGAAAAUCAGUGACUUACCAGAGGAAGAAUUUUCAUGGCUGCAUUGAAAAUCUCUACUACAAUGGAGUGAAUAUUAUUGAUCUGGCCAAGAGACGCAAACCUCAGAUACACAUUAUGGGCAACGUAAGUUUUUCAUGUUCGGAGGCGCACAUUAUCCCCGUUACAUUCAUGAGUCCCAGGAGUUACUUGUUGCUGCCCAGCGCACCUCAAAUGGAAGGAGUGAUUGUUAGUUUCCAGUUCCGCACCUGGAACACAGAUGGACUGCUGCUGUACAAUGAAUUUCGCGGAGCUCUUGGAGCAUUGCAGAUUCACCUCCGUGAUGGAAGACUGAAAAUAACCAUUCUGAAGAUGUCAAGGACCCAAACUGACUUUGCUACAGGUUCAGAGCUGAAUGAUGGGCAAUGGCAUUCUAUUCAUUUCAAUGCGAGAAGGAAUCAAGCUAGCAUCACCCUGGACAAUGAACCUGUCUCGACUGUUCAUUCAGAUGCACAGAUUAAUUCAGGAAACAGUUAUUAUUUCGGUGGCUGCCCUGAAACUGUCAGUGAUACUGGAUGUUCAAAUCCCUUUGGUGCUUUUCAUGGCUGCAUGCGACUCAUCUUCAUAGACAAUCAGCCAGCAGAUCUCAUCUUGGUACAGCAAGGGUUGCAGGGGAACUUCAGUGACCUACAAGUAGACUUGUGUGGAAUUGUAGACAGGUGCUUACCAAAUUACUGUGAGCAUGGUGGAGAAUGCUCACAGUCCUGGAGUACGUUUUACUGCGACUGUACAGGGACUGACUACACUGGAGCCACCUGCCAUAACUCGGUGCAUGAGCAGUCAUGUGAAGCUUACAAACACAAAGGGAACACAUCAGGUUUCUUCUCAAUUGAUCCCGAUGGCAGUGGGGCAGUGGGACCUCUCCUUGUGUACUGUAACAUGACAGAAGAUAAAACAUGGACUGUGAUCCAGCACAACAACACUGAGCUCACCACUGUGCAAGGCUCCACUGCAGAGAGACCCCACCUCGCACACUUUAAUUACACGGCCAGCAUGGAACAGCUUCAAGCUAUGAUUAAGAGCAUGGACUAUUGUGAGCAGCAAAUGGCCUACCACUGCAAGAAGUCACGCCUUUUAAACACACCAGAUGGAAUACCAUUUACGUGGUGGAUUGGGAGAACCAAUGAAAAGCAAGUUUACUGGGGUGGUUCAUCAUCAGGAGUCCGAAGAUGUGAAUGUGGAUUGGAGGAGAGCUGCUUAGACACAAAGUAUCACUGUAACUGUGAUGCUGACAGUGAUAAAUGGACUAAUGACACAGGACUUCUUUCCUACAAAGACCAUUUGCCUGUAACACAGAUUAUUAUUGGGGACACAAACAGAACAAACUCAGAAGCAGCCUACAAACUAGGACCACUUCGUUGUUAUGGUGACAGAAAUUACUGGAAUGCCGCUUCAUUUAACACCGAGAGCUCAUAUCUCCAUUUUCCAACAUUCCACGGGGAGCUAAGUGCUGACAUUUCAUUUUUCUUCAAAACAACUGCUUCCUCGGGAGUUUUCCUGGAGAAUCUGGGAAUCAAGGACUUCAUACGGAUAGAACUGAACUCUCCAAUGGAAGUGGUUCUUUCAUUUGAUGUGGGUAAUGGACCAUUGGAGGUUACUGUGAAAUCACCCAUGCAUUUGAACGACAAUCAAUGGCAUUAUGUUGAAGCAGAACGAAAUAUCAAGGAGGCAUCUCUGCAAGUGGAUCACCUGCCAAGAAAAUCUCAAGAGGCCCCCUCUGACGGGCACAUUCAGUUGCAGCUCAGCAGCCAACUGUUUGUAGGUGGAACAGCCUCGAGACAGAAGGGCUUCCUAGGAUGCAUUCGCUCUUUACGGUUAAAUGGGAUCACCCUUGAUCUUGAAGAAAGAGCUAAAGUUACUCCUGGUGUGAAGCCUGGUUGCCUGGGACACUGUAGCAGUUAUGGUAAUCUGUGUCACAACGGAGGAAGAUGCAUAGAGAAGUACAACGGCUAUUUGUGCAACUGCAGUCACUCUGCUUACGAUGGACCAUUCUGUAAAAAAGAAAUUUCUGCUGCAUUUGAACCUGGAACAUCAUUGGUAUACAUGUUACAGGAACCUUUCACCUCUGCCAAGAAUUUAAGUGAUCUUUCAUCUGCUGCAUCUUCAGAACUCACCUUUUUAAGAGAAAAUAUUGCAUUCAGUUUUCGAACUAUACACACUCCAUGUAUGCUUCUUUACGUCAGCUCUUUUAAUGAGGAAUAUUUGGCCGUGACUCUGUCCAAAAAUGGGAGUUUUCAGAUAAGAUACAAACUGGAUGGUGAUAGAGAUCCUGUUUUCAUUGGCAUCAAUACCAGAAACUGGGCAAAUGGCCAGCUUCACAGUAUCAAGAUCGACCGAGAAGAGAAGGAUGUCUACAUUCAGAUUGACCAAUUUGCCACCAUGAAGUAUAGUCUCCCUUCAGUUACAAACCUGGAGUUUAAUGCCGUUAAAUCUCUAAUUCUUGGCAAGAUUAUAGACAACGAUAAUGUGGAUGAAGAGGUACUGAGGGAAAACACAGAAGGCUUCAUCGGCUGCCUCUCCUCAGUCCAGUUUAAUGGGAAUGCUCCGCUGAAGGUUGCCUUGCAUCAUCCAGGCUCUCCUGCGGUCUCUGUGAUAGGACACUUGGUAGAAUCAAACUGUGGAUCUUCAGCCCUGAGCGAAUCAACAGCGUUCACCACCUCGUACUCUUUAACAGAUCAUUCAGGGGCAAUAGAUGUGGGGAAACCUUUAAAAAAUUCAGUCAGAAGUGAUUCUGCUGUCAUUGGAGGUGUGAUCGCAGUGGUGAUCUUUGUCACCCUCUGUAUCAUGGCUAUUAUGGGGCGCUUGUUGUACAAGCACAAAGGCACGUACCGCACCAAUGAAACAAAGGGGGUGGAAUGUGCUGAGACAGCAAAUGCCACACUGAAGACCAACACCAAUGUGCAGGACUCAGUUAGUGAGAGCAAGAAGGAAUAUUUCAUCUGA